UGAUGGUGGCUGUUGCUUGCUUAGCGCUUUUGUUGGGGGUGGCUUGCGCCGUGGACAGAAGCAACUUCAAGACCUGUGACCAGAGCUCCUUUUGCAAGCGCCAGAGAAAUGUGAAGGCCGGACACUCGCCUUACAGGGCCUUGCUGGGUUCGUUGCAGCUCAGCCAGGAUUCCAUGAAGAUACAGCUUGUCAAUGAAGCCAACAAGGUGCCUCUCCUGCUUGAAAUCUAUGGCUUGAAAGGGAACAUGACCCGUAUCCGGAUCAACGAGUUGAACCCCCUCAAACCCCGCUACGAGGUACCGGAUGUGUUAGUUGGGGACCCACCCACUACCAGGUUAUCGGUCAUGGGCCGGGACGACAACAGCGUGGAGCUGUCCCUGGGUGAAGGGAGCCACAAGCUCAUCCUGACGGCCAAACCGUUCCGCAUGGACCUGCUGGAGGGGCGGGAGCUGGUGCUGAGCGUCAACUCCCGGGGGCUGCUGGUCUUUGAGCACCUGCGCCUAAAGAAGGAAUCAGAGGUGACGAAGGAGCCAGCGUCCGAAGGGGAAGGGGUCGCUGAGGCCUCGGAAUCCUCUUUGCCAACGGAGCAGGAAUCCGCCGAGAGUGAGAAGUCUGAGGAGGCUUUCAAAGAGGCAGAUGAGGCUGAGGAGGAACCGGGAUCAUGGGAAGAAACAUUCAAGACCCACACAGAUAGCAAGGUUCAUGGACCAACAUCAGUGGGGCUAGACUUCUCACUCCCAGGUGUGGAGAAUGUGUACGGCAUCCCGGAACAUGCAGAAAACCUCCGGCUACCGACGACUGAGGGAGGAGACCCCUACCGCCUCUACAACUUGGACGUCUUCCAGUAUGAGCUCUUUAAUCCCAUGGCCCUCUACGGCUCGGUUCCUGUCCUCCUGGCCCACAAUGCCCAGCGCACCCUGGGGAUCUUUUGGCUGAAUGCUGCGGAGACCUGGGUGGACGUCACCUCCAACACAGCUGGCAAGACGCUGUUUGGAAAGAUGCUGGACUACAUGCAAGGCGGAGGCGAGACCCCUCAGACGGACGUCCGCUGGAUGUCGGAGAGCGGAAUCAUUGACGCAUUCCUCUUGCUGGGGCCAUCCCCCAAGGAUAUUUUCAGGCAGUAUGCGUCCCUCACAGGCACCCAGGCCCUCCCUCCGCUCUUUGCCCUGGCUUAUCACCAAAGCCGCUGGAACUACAACGAUGAAGAUGAUGUGAACGCCGUGGACAGCGGCUUCGACGAGCACGACAUCCCCUACGAUGUCAUCUGGCUGGACAUUGAGCAUGCUGACGGGAAGCGCUACUUCACGUGGGAUCCAAACAAGUUCCCCCAUCCCCGGGAAAUGCUUCAGCGGCUGGCAGCCAAGAGGCGCAAGAUGGUGAGCAUCGUGGACCCUCACAUCAAAGUGGACAGUGGCUACCGCGUCCACAAUGAGAUCCGCUCUCGCGACUUUUACGUCAAAACCAAGGACGGGAGCGACUACGAAGGCUGGUGCUGGCCAGGCUCUGCAGGGUACCCUGACUUCACCAACCCCGAGAUGCGGGCCUGGUGGUCCAGCAUGUUUGCCUACGACCAGUAUGAGGGCUCCAUGGAGAACCUCUACACCUGGAACGAUAUGAACGAGCCCUCCGUUUUCAACGGCCCGGAGGUGACCAUGCACAAGGAUGCGGUACACAAAGGGGGCUGGGAGCACCGCGAUGUCCACAACCUGUACGGAUUCUACGUGCAAAUGGCAACGGCGCUCGGGCAGGUGCAGCGGUCAGGCGGUGUGGAGCGGCCUUUCGUGUUGACUCGCGCUUUCUUUGCCGGCUCACAGCGUUUCGGAGCCGCUUGGACAGGGGACAACGCAGCUGAGUGGGAUCAUUUGAGGAUCUCCAUUCCCAUGUGUCUAAGCAUGAGUCUUGUGGGCAUCUCUUUCUGUGGAGCCGACGUGGGUGGCUUCUUCAAAAACCCAGAGCCAGAGCUGCUGGUGCGCUGGUACCAAGUGGGAGCUUAUCAGCCCUUCUUCCGGGCGCAUGCCCAUGUGGACACCGUCCGCCGGGAGCCCUGGCUGUUCGGCGAGGAGAACAAAGCACUGAUCCGGGACGCCAUCCGUGAGCGCUAUGCCCUGCUGCCCUUCUGGUACACUGUCUUCUACCACAGUUAUCGUACGGGCCAGCCUGUCAUGAGACCCCUCUGGGUGGAAUAUCCCCAGGACUCUACCGCAUUCAGCAUUGACGACCAGUAUCUUCUUGGUGACUCGUUGUUGGUUCACCCAGUAACGGCCCAAGGGGCCCGGGGCGUGCAGGUCUACUUGCCUGGCAAAGGAGAGGUCUGGUACGAUGUCCGCACUCACCAGAAGCUCCAUGCUCCUCAAACCCUCUAUUUAACCGUCACCAUGAGCAGUAUCCCCGUGUACCAACGUGGCGGCAGCAUUGUGGCCCGGAAGGAGCGAGUUCGGCGCUCUUCGGAUUGCAUGCAGAACGACCCUUACACCCUCUACGUGGCCCUGGGCCCCCAGGGCACCGCGAAAGGGGAGCUCUUCGUCGACGACGGGCACACGUAUAAUUUUGAGACGAAGGGGCAGUACCUGCAUCGCCGCUUCAGUUUCUCUGGCAACACCUUAACGGCCAGCUCCACAGACCCUAAGGGCAACUAUGAAACUCCGGCCUGGAUCGAAAGGGUAGUGAUCCUGGGAGCUGGGAAGCCAGCGGCUGUGUUCCUCAAACAAGCCGGUAUAGCUGAGACCCGCCUGGACUUCACGCAUGAGGCCGAAACGUCCGUCUUAACCCUCCGCAAGCCUACAGUCAACAUUGGGGCAGACUGGACCAUUUCUUUGCGAUAAUGCUACGAGGCGGGG